UUGCUGGUGUAUUUCAGGUAUUGAGAAGACUCUGGAUAUAGUUCAGGUUUCUACUGUAAGACGGAUACAAAUUCUCUAACAUAACCAUGCCAACCGAAAAAUGCACGUGGUUUGUCAUUUUGGUUGUUAUCACUGGUCUCUUAAAACAGGGUGACUGUUUAAGACCUACCUACAGAGUGACAACCAUCAUGCACACGCCUUACCUGGUCAGUAUACAUCCUAUGAAAGGAUUUAUCCCUGAUCUGCUGGACGAGAUCUCGGAUAUCUUAAACGUUACUCUCGUGCUUGAUCACGUUGCUGAUUGGAAAUUUGGAAGUCAAGACACCGUAGGCAACUGGAAUGGAAUGAUCGGCGAACUCACGUCUAACAAAAGUGACAUAGCGGCUGCAGCCUUGACCUUAACGGUUGAGAGAUCACGUGUUGUCCACUUCUCGCAUCCAUUCGAAGAGGUCGGGUUGCGGAUUCUGGUGAAGAAGCCAUCGAUGGACAUUCUAACGAAGCUCAUUAAUGAUGAUGCUGGACUCUUUUUCCGGCCCCUAACUCUAGGAGUGUGGAUGUCUGUAAUAAUUGGUUUCCUUGUCGUCGGCACUGUGUUUUAUAUCAUCGGCAG